GAGUGACGUCAGUCCGAGCGGGAGCUUAUUUAAUUCAGAAACAAAAGUGGAAUCCUUCUAUCUAUCCUUAGGCAUUUGCCAUUUCUCUGAAAAACAUGGCCCAGCACAUCGAAGAGGAUUUACCGCCCAACCUUGCGUGUUUAAAAAAUAUUGACACCCUGCUGCGAUGUCCAAUUUGCUUUGAUUUCCUCAACAUUACAAUGAUGACUAAGUGCUCCCACAAUUUUUGCUCCUUGUGCAUCAGAAAGUUUCUUUCCUACAAGCUGCUUUGCCCAGUUUGCAACUCACCAUUGACCGAACAGGACCUUCGAAACAACCGCCUGUUGGAUGACUUGGUCGUUAACUUUCAUGAUGCAAGGCAGCAGUUGUUAAAAGCAAACUUUGAAUCUCCUCCUAUAUCACCAAAGACCCCAGCUUCAGCUGUCAAAUGCAAAACCCCAAUUCAGAAGUCCCAGAAGUCCAGUAGCUCCAUUUUAAGUCACUUUUUCCAAAAGAAGCCCAGGACACCUGGUAAAGAAGCCCAUCAGGAUGUUAAGCUGGAAGAAGUACAGGAAACACCAAGCCGCAGCGUAAAGGGCUCUGACCUACAUUCUGGAACAGCUCAAAUGUCAGUGGUUAUAAAGGAAGAGCCGGUGGAUGCAGAGGACCCAUCUAUCAAGGUUCUGAUGUCUGUGAACAAGCAGGAUACAGAUUUUCACACCGGCUCCGAGAAGGCGCAUUCCUCAUCACCUUCAAUAGAUGUAAAGCCCAUACUCAAAGUUGAGUGUCCUGUGUGCUCUGUAAGCGUUCCGCAGCACUUUAUCAACAAGCAUCUGGACACAUGUCUUUCCAGUGGGGAAAAGAAGGAAAGCCUGAGGAGCUCUCAGGGCACGAUUGUGCGUCCCAUGGCCAAGGUAGUGUACAAUCUCCUUUCAAUGCAAGAGCUGAAGAGGAGGUUGAAGGACUGCCACCUGUCAAUGCAGGGGUCUCGGGACCAACUGAUCAAAAGACACCAAGAGUUUGUCCACUUAUACAACUCACAGUGUGACUCUCUGAAUCCUAAAACAGUUAAGGAGAUUGCAAGAGAGGUGGAGGCCAAUGAGAAGAUGAGAAAUCAGAUGGAGAGGAAAACUAGACCUGUAAUGGUUUUCUCAAAGAACCAAUCUGAGAAAGAGAUUGACGAAAUGCAUUCAACUUAUAGAAAGCAGCACAGCAGUGACUUCUCCCGGCUAAUUGCACAGGUCCGAGGCCGAAUGCAGACCAGACACCAAACAUGUGCUAAACAGGAGGGGAAGGUGGAGAAAGAAGAAGCCCAAGCAUCACAGUCUUCUGUUCAUGGCGCAGAAACAAACCAUGCUGUAGUGGUGAAGGUCGAAAACGUGGAAGACGAUGAAGAUUCGCCUGCAACAGUAUUAGGGCUGCCAUGUAGCCCCAGUGUCAGUGAUGUGUCCAUCAGCAGUUCUAUUUCAGACAUUUUUGGUCCAGAAUCUUCUCUAAACAUUGAAGACAUAGUGAAGUCUCCAGUCCAGAAGCGACCGUCCAGCUCCAGAGGCAGUAAUGCUGAAAAAUCACCUGGUACAGCCAAGCGAAGGCGUAAAACAUGAAGAAGUGUGUGGUGACUUAGUGUUAGAUGAUGUAAAGUGUUACUUUUAGAUGAUGUCGUGGAGAUGGAAAGUUUUCAUUAAAUUGAAACAAUGGGCACAUGACAAGCAUUUCUUUAACUUUCAGAUGUUGCUGUUUACUCUGAUUUUGUGUAAUAAAUUUUAUAGUAUUUUAUCAUAUUUUGUUUUCAUGUGUUCAGUAUUGAGCUGUUUUUGUAUUUUAUCAUGUUUAUUCAGAAAGACAAUGGCUGUAAAAUCAGUAUUUCAAGUAGAAUUACUUUGUAGUUGCUGUAGGUUUAAUUGUCAGAGUUAAACUUCAACAUUAUUCAUUUAUAUAAAUUUGCUUCAAUCUAAUUAUCUUUCUAACUACAGCUUUUCUUGCUCUGAAAAAGCUUACUGUUGGAGUUUUAUUUCACAGAAGUAUCUUUUUCCCUCCACUUAAUCCAUAGUUUAUUCCACUGUAAUUUGCAGCCUAUACCCAAAUAAAACAGCUGGAACACUAAGGAUUUUUCCAAAAGGCACAUUUCCAUGUUCUUUCUCUCAUCAAAUGUCCAUCUAUUUGCUAAUCUCUGACCUCCAUCUCCAAAGUCUCUCACGUGUUUUUAAUCUUUGCCACGGAGCCAUGCAGUACACAUUUCCAAUGUCAUUUGCAAUUUAAAAGUUUGCAGAUAAUUUGCGACUUUCAGAUUGAUUGUUUUCAUUGAACAAGAAGAAACCGAGGUCAGUUUAAUUCAAGAAAUGCAAAGGUUGUGGAAACCCCAAAUUAGGACAAGGCAAGAGUGUAAACUCUUAAACACAGGAGGGAGUGUUUAUGUGUGCGUGCACAGGAGAGUUGGCAGGAACUCGUCUGGGAGCCGACCCUGAUUGAAAACAGAGCUAGCCUGCAGUCAGACACAUGGCGGUCCGACUGCUGCGAUCCUGCUCAGAUAAAGCAGACACACACAUAUCAGUAGAUUUUAAUAGGAACAGAGGAAAAGCCUUUCACCCUGCACUCCUAUUUCCAGAAAGUCCUUUUCUCUUGCACUUUUUCAUUCGUAUUAUAAGCUGCACUGUAACUUUUUGGUGAAAUCUAAGUGACAUGACUAAAUUGUUUUCCCUGAAAGCUUCAGUUUGCCUAGCAGUGAAGCAUGGAGCGAUGUCAUCAAUCUUGCACAGCCUACUCUUUGGGAGAGAUCCAUAGAAUGCAUCAAAGCUGAAGUCACCUUAUCUGUCUGAAUCUUCAUGGUAUUGACAUAGGGGACAUCUCAUCACUCGUCCACCAUAAGGUUCAUUAAUCUCUGUUUUACAGUAUCUAAACAUGUAUUUUUUUCACUCAGACUUCAGCCUUUUGUGAGACAAUUGGCUCCUUCCAUUUCUUCAAGGAAAGUUUACCAAUCUGUACUGUAUGUCUUGGUGAGAGAUCAAUGUGAUACAGGAGAUCAAUGAUCCUCCCAGCUGAGUGUUCUUUAACUUCCCAGAUCUUUAUUUAAGCUUAGACUAUAAACAGCGAUGAGAAAAGGGGUUUGUCUCCUUUGUGAUUUCCUUUUUUAAUGUUUCAACCUAUAUGGCCCUGUGUCACUGUUCGCCCCUAAACCUUUGACGAAAAUUAGCAGCGAUAUCUGCAAUCAAAUAUGUGGAAUUACUGGAGUAUUUAUAUUGACAUAGUAGAGGAACUGUAUUAAUCAGCCACUUACCUGAGUUUUAGGAUGAUGGGUCUGUUUAAUAUCCUAACAGUUUAGCACGGCAAAAACUAUCUGAAAAUAAAUGUUUAGAAUAACUUUUAUUAACUCUUCAUUUGAUAAGUAAAUGAUAGUCUUCCAUUUGAAUGAGUAUUUUUGCUCUCAAAAAAAGCCAAUUCGAUGUUAUGCACUUGAAAUAAUUGAAUGCAAUUGUUUUUUUCUUAUUUUAAAUGUGCAUUGUCUUAUUCUAUUGGCGAAGUAUCUGACUUACCUGAUUAUUACAAGAAAAAAGUCACUUAUUUUAAGAAAAAUUGACUUCCAUUUAAAUUUUAGAUUAUUCAAAUCCGGGUAAGGACUUUAAGUGGACCAAUUCCAAGUUGUCUUUUGUUCCUUUUCUGUGUAAUGUGAACGUUCUGGUUUGUUUUGAGACAUUGGGCCUUGAGCAACAUUUUUGUAUCCUACUGUGGGCUCUUCUGAAUAUACAUCAGAUUCUGCCAACUUUUUUUCCUCAGUUAAUGAUCAUACAUGAUCCUUGCAUACCUGAUGCAGUCCACCUUUGUGUAAGCGAUUGCAUGUUCAUAAGAACUGUAAAGAGAGCAAGACUUGUAAAUCUGUGUAAAACCAAUCAGUGGGGAAUAAAUUAGCUGCAAAUGCUGUGGUUGCAUUGUAACAGAAGUAAAAAUGGAAACAAAAAAAUUUGAUCUUAAAAUGGUGUGAAAGACUUGUCCAUUAACCAACGCAAAGCAAUAUUCUGGAAAAAUCUUCUGAUAUACAUAAACAUGUUCACCAUGUCUGCAUACUGCCAUCCCCUCAUCGCACUCUCCAUCUCUCUCAUUCAACAUAAAAAUGUUCAAACUAAGUUCUUAAAUUCAGACAGACCAAAACCUUCCACACUGAGACUAGGAAAACAAAAUAUCACUUUUACUUUUAAUAGUUUUGUGUAAUGAUAAAUUCAAGAUUGUGCCCAGAAGUAAACUCAACGCAUGUUUUACCUUUAGACUAAGACAUGAGCGUUUCAAGCACCAAUGCUGAAUUUUCUGCUCCAGAUGUUAAUAGUUUGAUCUGCCCUCAUUGAUUGUUCUUUCUUUUGACGAAAUGACAACAAAUUAAACCCUGGAUACUGACAUGCCAGCUGCAGGUUUUGUGACGGAUAGUUCUGUCAUUAUCAAAUGGACCUCUAAAAAAAACACAUGUAGUCAUUUAGUGAAAAACUAGGUUUGGAUAACAACUGACUGCGCAAGACUCCUACGCCAAGUCUUACGCACUCAAAUUUGCUCAUACCUGAGAGAUGUUUAGAAAUAGAAGAAACGUUUCGAAUGUAACAUUUUAUCCUAAAUCACUCAAUGAUUUACAACAAAUUUGUUCAUACGAAUGCUUCUAGCAUAAGAGGAGCUCCUUGAGUAUUUUGUUUUAUUUGACAGCAAAAUUCAGACUUCUAUUUAAAACAAUUUAUAUUUCAGAUAUUGAGGUGUCAAACCCCCCCCCACCCAAUCCAUCACAUUACUACGUAUGUUUUUUUCUGAAAUGCAGUUACCUGAACACACUCACCUUUAAAAAAGAUCUAUCUUUGUCAUCAGUCCGAAAGAUAUUUUCCAAAAGUUUUAUGAUUAAGAUUUUCCUCAGGCAUUUAUGUUCCUUCUACUCAGCUGUGCUUUUCAUCUGGGAACUCUGCCAUGUGGGCCCUAGUCUCUUCCUGACAUUAACUAAGGCAAGAGAGGACUAAGGUUCAUUGGACUCAUACUGUGGACCGUUUUGUGGCCACCCUGAAGAUUUAUCACAGCGCACUUGGUAAUUUUUAUGGCCAUGUGCAAUAGGAUUUUUUUCCCCCUCUUAUAAGAAAACUGCUUAAUUUUAAGACUCCAGUAUGUGCAAGCUAGGGUGAUCUUUGUCUAAUGUUAAAGUUGUUGAAAAUCUUGAAUAUUUACAUAAAACAAACAUAUAGCAUAAAUCAUGAAGGGUGCCUGUACGUUUUUUUUUUUAUUUACAAUUGUGUUCAUUUAUAUUUACAGUUAAAAUUCUACUCUAGAAUACUGAUAUCUGUUUAUAGUGCUUUGCACUUUCUAUUCCUUAUAUAAAAUCUUAACAUUUUGAUUUCCAUUUCAUAUGUAAAACCAACACAUUAGUUUAUUACAAAGAAAUCAGGAAGGUUUGGUGGACCUUUGCAUUACUAUAUUUAAUUGACAACCCUAGAAGAAAACUCAUAGAAAAAAUGCACUGCAAAUGGCUUUUAAACUCUCUUCUGUUAAACCUCUGUUAAGUUAUGAAUCAAUAUCUCAGGUUUUGAACAUCUCAGAGCGCUGUAUAAUCCAUUAUCUGAAAAUUAAGAGUAUGGCUUCAGCAAGACAAUGACAUAUACCUAAACUGAAAGGCCAAACAAGGAAAUCACGAGAAAGUAUUUGAAAAGUUCCACUAUUCAGGUUGGACAAGCUGUUAAUAGGACAUGAAUUGACACUGACAAAUAUGGUUUUUUUUUGGUAACGAAGAACAAGAAAGGAAAACAGUGACUGAAAUAGAUUUAAGACUGGGGCAGAGGUUCACUUUCCAGAGGGACUGCGACCCUAAACGUACAGCUGCAAAGCUUAGAUCAAAGUUAAGUCAUAAACCGAUCAGUCUUGAAAAUUAACGUUCAAAGAUACAGUUGAUCUCAUCUGAUUGUGCUGUUUGGUAAAAGAUGGGGAAAAUAUUCUUCGAGUCUUUGAGAUUUUAACUUGACAAAUUGUGUAGACAUUUCAGCGGGCAUGAGUACUUUUAUCAGAAAUAUUUUCAACCAUAAACCCAAGUUCUAUAAAGGUAUUCAAGGUAUAUUUGAUUGGCAAAAAUUGUAUAAAAGGGAAGUAAUUCCUAUUAUGACUCCACUGAACUCCUAAAUGUGAAUUAUUGUCUCUUGAAGUGUUGUAGAGAAGUUUAAAUCCAAUCAUUUUGGGCAUGCAUAUAAUCAAUUACGACUUUUUAAUGAUUUAUUUGAUCUGCUCCUUUCUCAGAUUGGAAUGAUAACACAGUUCAGCUUUAAGCAGACAGAAAAAAAACAAGUUUGCAUUUAUUAUUUUUUUCCCCCAUCUCAAAAUUCUACAAUAUAAAUCAACUAUAAACAUAAAGCCAUACUAAUACUUGAUUAAAUGUCUUUUGGAAAGUUCUUUUUAAACUUCUUGUUUUUUUACAGCCAUAAUCUUGGCUGCCUUUUUGACCACUCAUUCAGUCAGAAUCGGUGAAGGGGGUUAGUUUCCUGGCCGGAACCCGACCUUCAAGCAAAGUUCAUAAAUCUUCAGUAUGGUUUGAGUCUUGGUCUUUAAAAAAUAAGCUAAAUCUUGGCCUGUUUUGUUGAGUCCAAAUUAAUUUGAAGUGUGCUUGUUAUAACUGUACUGAACACCUAAACUGUCUAAGUUAAAGUCUUCUCUCCAAGCUCAUCACCCUCGUAUGCAAAGAUGGUUCACAAUGUUCAAAACCAAACCAGAAACCAACCGCACUCAUGUUAAUCAUGCACCGGAAGAUGCUAUAGUAUCAAUGUCAGUAUCCACAAUGAAAUCUGUUCAACACUUGUUUGACUGGAAAAUUUCUGGUCAGAAACGAACAAACUGCUCCAAAAUGAACGUCUUCCAGCUUAACUAAAAUGCGUAGUUACAUCAACAGCCCAGUUGGACACGCAGAAUGCCACAAAUUUAGAUUGGAUAAAAGUCUUCAAAACCUAAUAAUAGUGGUAUGCUGGGAUUCUGUUUUAAAACCAAUGGCACAGGUACAUUCAUACAAAAAUUAUGUUAUAGGAGUAAUAUCUUAAAAAUGUUUGACUCCACCUCAAACAAACAGAUAUACAGCGUCAGCGUUGCAAUGACCCAUUUGUUUGCUGAUCUCUGUCUGCAUCCUGUUUUGGUCUU